UUCCCCCUACCUACAACUCCCUAAACCCUCACUUCCCCAAACUCCGGCGAACCACCACCAUGAACAACGGCAAAUCACGGAAGCGAUCGGCGCAGGCUGCGGAGGAGACACCGUCACCUCAGCCGCCGCAAAAACACCACGCCGCAAUGGAAGAAGAAGACCUAGACGAAGAUGUUUUCCUCGAAGAGACAUUGCUUCAGUACGAAGAAGAUUCAGCUGUCCUUCGCGAACUCGAAGAGAGUCAUGCGCUUAACGAGCGUCUUCAGAAGUGGAAACGUCCGCCGCUUUCUCAAGCUUACGUCUCUCAUACACAAAGCAUAUCGUUUCAGCAGCUGGAAAUUGACUACAUUAUUGGAGACAGCCAUAAAGAAUUGCUGCCUACUUCUUCUGGUCAGGCUGCCAUUUUAAGAAUCUUUGGGGUCACCAAGGAAGGAAAUAGUGUCUGUUGUCAUGUACAUGGAUUUGAACCAUACUUCUAUAUCAGCUGCCCUCCUGGAAUGGGCCCUGAUGAUAUCUCCCGUUUUCACCAAGUUCUUGAGGGUAGGAUGAGAGAGUCGAAUAGGAACAGCAAUGUCCCUAAGUUUAUCCGCCGCAUCGAAGUGGUUCAGAAAAGGAGCAUCAUGUAUUACCAACAGCAUGUGUCACAGCCUUUUCUCAAGAUUGUAGUGGCAUUGCCAGCAAUGGUUACCAGUUGCCGUGGUAUUCUCGAUAGAGGUAUUCAAAUUGAAGGGCUUGGUAUGAAGAGCUUUCUGACUUAUGAAAGUAAUAUUCUUUUUGCUCUUCGCUUCAUGAUUGACUGCAAUAUUGUUGGUGGAAACUGGAUUGAAGUUCCGGUUGGGAAAUACAAGAAAGCUGCAAAGAAUCUCUCCUAUUGUCAAUUAGAGUUUGAUUGUCUAUAUUCUGACUUGAUCAGCCAUUCUCCUGAAGGAGAAUUUUCGAAGAUGGCUCCCUUUCGCAUAUUGAGUUUUGAUAUUGAAUGUGCUGGUCGUAAAGGGCACUUUCCCGAGCCUACACAAGACCCUAUUAUUCAAGUGGCCAAUCUGGUUACCUUACAGGGACAGGGUCAGCCAUUAAUUCGGAAUGUGAUGACCCUUAAGUCAUGCUCACCUAUAGUUGGGGUUGAUGUUAUGUCCUUUGACACAGAAAAAGAAGUAUUGCUGGCUUGGAGGAACCUUAUCCGUGAAGUGGACCCUGAUAUAAUAAUUGGAUAUAAUAUCUGCAACUUUGAUUUGCCGUAUCUCAUCAGGAGAGCUGAAGUCUUAGGGAUGGCAGAAUUUCCUGUGCUUGGACGCAUCAGAAACAGCAGGGUUCGUGUAAAAGAUGCAACCUUUUCUUCAAGACAGCAUGGAACAAGGGAAAGUAAAGAAAUAACAAUCGAAGGGAGAGUCAAAUUUGAUUUAUUUCAGGCUGUGCAGAGGGAUUAUAAGCUAAGUUCUUACUCACUAAAUUCUGUCUCAGCACAUUUUCUUAACGAGCAGAAAGAAGAUGUCCAUCAUUCAAUUAUAUCAGAUCUUCAAAAUGGGAACUCAGAAACUAGGAGGCGGCUUGCUGUAUAUUGUCUAAAGGAUGCUUAUCUCCCACAACGGCUUUUGGAUAAAUUAAUGUUCAUUUAUAACUAUGUGGAGAUGGCUCGAGUCACUGGUGUACCUAUAUCUUUUCUUCUAUCAAGAGGGCAAAGCAUUAAGGUGCUUUCUCAACUUUUAAGGAAGGCGAAGCAAAAGAAUCUUGUCAUACCAAAUGCAAAACAGGCUGGAUCGGAACAAGGAACAUUUGAGGGCGCAACGGUUUUGGAGGCCCGAACUGGUUUUUAUGAGAAGCCAAUUGCAACAUUGGAUUUUGCAUCUCUAUAUCCAUCAAUUAUGAUGGCAUAUAAUUUAUGUUACUGCACGCUGGUAACUCCUGAAGAGGUUCGCAAACUGAACCUCCCUCCAGAGUGCGUCAACAAGACCCCUUCUGGUGAAACAUUUGUCAAGUCAAAUUUACAGAAGGGAAUACUUCCGGAAAUUCUUGAAGAGCUAUUAGCUGCUCGUAAAAGAGCAAAAGCAGAUUUAAAGGAAGCAACAGAUCCUCGAGUCAAAGCUGUCUUAGAUGGCCGUCAGCUGGCUUUGAAGAUCAGUGCAAAUUCUGUGUAUGGGUUUACUGGAGCUACUGUUGGUCAAUUACCAUGUUUAGAAAUAUCUUCAAGUGUUACUAGCUAUGGUCGACAGAUGAUUGAGCACACAAAAAAGCUUGUGGAAGACAAGUUUACAGUACUUGGGGGCUAUGAACACAAUGCUGAGGUUAUAUAUGGAGAUACAGAUUCCGUGAUGGUGCAAUUUAGUGUGCCUACUGUGGAAGAGGCUAUGAAAUUGGGCAGAGAAGCUGCUGAUUACAUUAGCGGGACAUUUAUCAAACCAAUAAGACUAGAAUUUGAGAAGAUUUAUUACCCAUAUCUGUUGAUCAGCAAGAAGAGAUAUGCUGGCCUUUUAUGGACAAAUCCGGACAAACAUGACAAAAUGGAUGCUAAAGGGAUUGAAACUGUUCGGAGGGAUAAUUGUCUCUUAGUCAAGAACCUUGUAACUGAGUGUCUUUAUAAAAUACUAGUAGACAGAGAUAUUCCUGGUGCUGUUCAAUAUGUCAAGAAUACUAUCGCAGAUCUUCUGCUGAACCGCAUGGAUCUGUCUCUUUUAGUUAUUACUAAGGGUCUGACGAAAACUGGAGAUGAUUAUGAAGUAAAGGCAGCACAUGUUGAACUUGCAGAGCGAAUGCGCAAGCGAGAUGCUGCUACUGCACCUGGUAUUGGUGAUAGAGUACCUUACGUCAUAAUUAAAGCUGCCAAAGGUGCCAAGGCAUAUGAAAAGUCAGAGGACCCUAUAUACGUGUUAGAGAACAACAUACCUAUAGAUGCUCAAUACUAUCUUGAUAAUCAAAUUAGUAAGCCACUUUUGAGGAUUUUUGAGCCAAUACUGAAGAAUGCAAGUAAAGAGCUUCUUAAGGGAGAUCACACAAGAGCCAUCUCAGUUCCGACCCCUUCGAACAGUGGUAUUAUGAAAUUUGCCAAGAAGCAACUCACUUGCAUUGGAUGCAAAAUACCACUCAGUGGCUCUGAUCGAACGAUCUGCAAUCACUGCAAAGGAAGAGAGGCCGAACUUUAUUGCAGAUCCGUGGCUAAUGUGGCUGAACUAGAGAAUCUUUUUGGGAGGCUAUGGACACAAUGCCAAGAAUGCCAAGGCUCUCUCCAUCAGGAUGUUCUAUGUACUAGUCGAGACUGCCCAAUCUUUUAUCGGAGGAAGAAGGCUCAGAAAGACAUGGCUGAAGCUAAAACUCAAUUAGAUCGGUGGAACUUCUGAAUUUCCUUGCCGGAAAGUCUUCAUUUCUGCAAGGCCGACCUGUCAUUAAGCCAGGUAUCGUAUUUGUGACAUCUCUGGUAUGAAGAAAGAGUUUGGAAAUGAACUGAACAACCAAGACACUACUACUAUGUCUGAUGAAAAGGUACCAAUUGUCUUCCUCAAAUCCAAGACCCACUAAUAUACGCACGGAAAUCGUGUUCCUGCAUGAGUUUAAACUUCAAAUCAUUAGCAAGAUUGGGUUCUUAACAAACUUUUGUAGCUUCCAGCUAUUAAUGUGACUGGUUAGUAUAAAAGAGAUUAGAUAGAUGACUAUGGUCUAUAAAUAUUGACGUAUUGUGAUCUGUAUAGGCUCUGUUAGUUACUAGUACCAGUGGAUUGCAACUACCACUUAAAAUUCUCUUCUUUGAUCUCAUUGCAUAUUCUCUCCUUGUGCCAAGAA